AUCGCCCACCCCAGCGAUCGAUUCAGCCCCGGCGAGUUCUCCACCUGAAAAAAAGAGCGAUCUACGCGAGCCUUUCCAAUUCCAUCAAGGCAAUCAUGCAGGCACAUCUAUUCGAGCCCUAAGCCGCCGCCGCCGCCCGACGUUCGUACCGGUAUUGGCGUAUUGCCGGCUCCUAUCUCUCCUGCGUCCUGGUAGCGAUAAAAGGAAAAUAAAGAAGGCCGUGGAAAAAUUGGUACAAUCACAACAGGGAGAUAUGCACAAAUUUCUCAGGAGUAAAAUUGGUGCUUCCACUGCUUUUGAUAAAGCAAGAUGAUGAGUUGGCGAUGGUUGCCAUAGAGGAAGAGUUGUAACCUAUUGGGAAUUCAGAAUAUUACCAGGGAGAAGAAAAUGUCGACACCAACAUCGGAAGUAACAAUGUAAGUGACUUUGAUCAGAAUGUAAGUAAUUCAUCAGAUGCACACACAUAGUUUGCUAGUCUUGAUGAACAACAUGUUCAUACUCCUAAUAUUUAUGAUCCAAGCAAUCGGGAUAAUCUUGAUACUAAAUCAAGAGACAUUUUAGUUGAGAAAGGGCUGUGAGAGAGGAAAAAAAAUGGAAUACCAUGUAGAUGGAGCAGGAAGACAUUUUUCAUAUGCUCAUUAUCAUAGGAAAUUAAGCAAUGGAGAGAAACAUAAUAGAAAGUGGCUAGUUUAUUCAAAAGUUCUCCAUAAAGUUUUUUGCUUCUCUUGUAAGAUCUUCUAUUGUAGUGUCUGCUAUGGAGAUUUUCGAGCAUUGUCAGAGAAGUUGAUUGCUAUUCUAAUAUCUCCAUUGCUUUCACGGUCGCAUCGGCCGAAAGAAGCUUUCCAAAGUUAAAAUUAUUGAAGAAUUAUUUGAGGUCAACAAUGACUCAGGAGAGGUUAAAUGGCUUUCCUGCAUUUUGCAUUGAGAAGAAAUUAUUGGAUGAGAUUGACAUCGACCCUAUCAUAAGUGACUUUGCAUGGAGGAACGUAGAAGAAAGUUUUAAGUAAGGGCCCCGGGUUUUAGUUUCGCCCCGGGCCCGCAAAAUCUCAGGACCGGCCCUGGUCUCAGGUUUAUCUGGUGGUGAGCUGCAAAGAUUUGCUAUUGCUGCUCGUGCCAUGAAGGAGGCAGACAUUUAUAUAUUUGAUGAACCAUCCUGCUAUCUCGACGUGAAACAAAGGUUGAAAGCUGCACAAGCUAUCCGUUCAUUGCUUCAACCCAAAAGUUAUGUAAUUGUUGUGGAGCAUGAUCUUAGCAUUCUCGACUACUUAUCAGACUACAUAUGCUGUCUUUAUGGGACUCCAGGAGCAUAUGGUGUUGUUACUUUACCCUCUUCAGUCAGAGAAGGAAUUAACAUUUUCCUAAAUGGCUUCAUACCAACAGAAAAUUUGCGUUUCCGUGAGGAGAAACUCACAUUUCGAGUCACCGAGUCUACCGAGGAGAAAACAGAGGGUCAGAUACACCAAUGCUACAACUAUCCUGCCAUGAUCAAAACAAGACGUGGCUUCAAGCUUUCGGUCACAGAAGGUAGCUUUAAUGGUUCCCAAAUAAUUGUCAUGCUUCGUGAGAAUGGUACCGGGAAGACAACAUUUAUUCGUAUGCUGGCGGGGGAAUUGAAACCAGACGAAGUAAGUGAUGAGCAAGUUGACAUGCCUGCAUAUACUGUCUCAUACAAGCGUCAGGAAUUGGUCUCCAAAUAUAGCUCUACAGUAUCAGUGAGGGACCUUCUGCACGAGAAAAUACCUGGAUCAUGCACGCAAGCUCAGUUCAGAUCUGAUGUCAUGAAACCAAUGAAAAUUGAGGAACUCAUGGACAGGCAGGUUGCAAAUCUUUCUGGUGGAGAGCUGCAAAGGGUUAAACUCUGUAUUUGCCUCGGAAAGCCUGCUGAUAUUUACCUGAUAGAUGAACCAAGUGCUCAUCUUGAUUCAGAGCAGCGCCUUAUUGCAGCAAAGGUGAUAAAAAGGUUUAUCCUUCACCAAAAGAAAACGGCUUUCAUCGUCGAGCAUGAUUUAAUCAUGGCAGCCUACCUGGCCGAUAAGGUACUCGUUUUCGAGGGAAGACCUUCGGUUGAAUGUACUGCAAGUGCACCAGAGUUUCUGGCAUCUGGAAUGAACCGUUUUCUGUCACAUCUAGAUGUCACUUUUAGGACCGAUCCGACGACCCACAGGCCUCGGAUUAACAAGCUGGGCUCUGUGAAGGACACUGAGCAGAAAGCUGCAGGGUGCUACUACUACCUUGACGAUUAA